AUUGAUUCAGAACCAUGCUGCUAGUCGAUACUCCGACAGCCCAGCGUUAAGCACAUUAAAAUGAAAAUUAUAUUGCUCGUACUGCUAGGUUCCAGCUUUAUUUUAACGAUAAACGCUCGGCUGAUAGAGAAAAUAACCGAUCGAACAUUGACGACAGAAACGAAAACGACUGGUUCAUCUCCACCGAUACGACUCACGAGGGACGUGUACGAAGAAGACGGAGGCGUCGGCUUCUCCAAGGAAGACAACGCGCAGAGUGAUGAGUUCACAAAGGCCUACAGCAGGAGAGCGAGGCACUUCUUCAAAGUCAAGCCGAAGCCCGAAGUGUCAACCGUCAUCCGUGUGCCCAGAGAGUCUCAUGAGAAAUCUGAAAAAACAACUAAACAUACCAGCACUUCACCCAGUGCGCCAGUUACAAAACCAAAAGUCACCCUCGUGAAAAAACCGAUACCAAAAUAUAACGAAAUGGACUACGAUGACGACUUCCAAAUGAAGAUAAGCCGAUCGCCCGUGAGAGUGGUAGACUCCGGCGAACACGAAGACGAAGAUUUUAAUCUCGACGACUACGACUUUGAUGUAAAUCAUGACGAAUUUGUAGGAAGAGGCAAGCCGUUGGAGCCACGUACUAAGCAAGCUACCCAAGAACGCCCUAUGAAACCUAAACACGAAGUAAAAGCGACACCCCGUGUGACACAAGAAAUUAAAACGCAAAACAAAGUUGUUUCUACCCCCACACACCGACCCGUGUCCAACAAGAAGGAACGUGCUGUAGACAGUGUCAUGAGGAAACCAGGUGAGAAAGACGACUAUUAUGACGAUGUCACUACUACUAAAGCUCCCGAGAAAGAGAAGGCACGUGACCUGGACGACGAGUUCAAUGACGACAACGAGGAAAGUAAGGAAUUCGAAGGUAAAUCUGUCCGAAUGGUUCGCUCACCUUGGAAAAUAAAUUCUUAUGUGGAUAAAUUAGGAGAGAAAACCUCUUCUGUGAUGACUAAAGUACUCAGUAUUCUACCUAUGUUCCCGCAGGUGCCCAACAAAAACCCAGACGAUGAAACUAUGAAUACGGACAUGGACCCUUGGGCUGACAGAUCUUAGGCGACUUACUUAUUUUGCAGAUUUUAGAUUUUAUCGAAUUGUUUUUGCCUAUUGUGAAUAUGUUAUUUCAAUUUGUUCAAAUUUUUACCUAAUCACUUUAGUACAUCAUUUGUGUGAAUCGAAUUGACUAGUUAUAUAUAAAUGUUAUUAGUGGUAUUGUCAGAAGUAUACAGAAUAUUGCGUUACUGUUUGCCUUUUUUUAUUUUACAUAAUAUUAUUCUGCAUUAAAAUAUAGCGGCUAGGGUAAAUAUUUAUUUUACGAAAACAGAACACCAGUUUUUUCGUAAAUUUUAUUUCUAAGAAAUACAUAUCUUAAGGUAGCUUUGUGUGUAUCGCUUAUACCUAGCUUA